AUGACUUCCUCGAGAGCCCCCAGAACGGGGUUUAGGCACGUCGUGACAAGCCCCUGGGUCAGCCUCAUACUUGGCAAGAUGAUUAAGUCAAAGCUUAUUCUUGCGGCUCUCGCCGCCGUUGUGGUCGCUGCCCCCGCCCCGGCAUCCAUACAUGAGCCUCUCUUCAUUCUGUCUAAAAGGGACACUUCGGAGUCUUACAAUGCCAGCCUCCCAAAUAUCACCAUCUACGCCACCGGUGGUACCAUAGCUGGUAGCGCAAGUUCUUCUGACCAGACUACUGGUUACCAAGCCGGCGCUCUCGGCGUUGACAUCUUGAUCGAUGCAGUCCCAGAGAUCAAGAAUGUGUCCAAUGUAAAGGGCGUCCAAGUGGCGAAUGUCGCAAGUGAACUGAUUACACCUGAGAUCCUGUUAAACAUCUCUCAGCAUGUUCAGGCUGAGCUUGAUAGCCCAUACUGCCAAGGUGUUGUAAUCACACAUGGCACCGACAGUCUCGAAGAGUCUGCCUUCUUCCUGGACCUGACUGUGCGCACCGAGAAGCCAAUUGUCUUUGUCGGUGCAAUGCGACCUGCGACGGCUAUCAGCGCUGAUGGACCCAUCAACCUGUUGGAGGCAGUCACUUUAGCGGGCAGUCCGAAGGCCAAAGGUCGUGGCACGAUGAUCGUUCUUAAUGAUCGCAUUUCCAGCGCAUGGUAUACCACCAAGACCAAUGCCAACGCGCUGGACACGUUCAAGGCGUAUGAGAUGGGAUUUCUCGGCUUCUUCAUCGACAUCAAGCCCAUCUUCUACUAUGCCCCUGCGCUGCCUAUCGGCAAGCACGAUUGCUACCGCAGCGGUUGA